GCAAGUUGCGCAUUCAGACAUGGCAGCUUCGAGAGCGCUCGUCCUCGGCGUCCUGCUGGCGAUCACGGUCGCCAACGCCGAGGCGGCGUCCGUCGUGGUCGGCCUGGCCAAGUGCGCCGACUGCACCAGGAAGAACAUCAAGGCCGAGGAAGCCUUCAAGGGUCUUCAGGUGGCGAUCAAGUGCAAGAACAACGCCGGAGACUACGAGAGCAAGGCCGUGGGUGCGCUUGACGGUACCGGUGCCUUCAGCGUGCCCCUCGCCGCCGACCUCCACGGCGCCGACUGUGUCGCACAGCUGCACAGCGCCGCCUCCAACGCGCCAUGCCCCGGCCAGGAGCCAUCCAAGAUCGUGCCGGUGUCAGAGGGCACUACCUUCGGCAUCGUCGCCGGCAACAACAUUGCCACGCCGUCUGCUGCAUCGUCGCCGGAGUGCGCAUCCAUGACCCUGUGCGGGCCGAUCAAGAAGCACAUCAUCGAACACUUCCACCACAAGAAGCCUGUGCCACCCAAGCCGGAGCCCAAGCCGGAGCCCCACCCUGACUACGGCCCCGUGCCCAAGCCGGAGCCCAAGCCGGAGCCCCACCCUGACUACGGCCCCGUGCCCAAGCCGGAGCCCAAGCCGCAGCCCCACCCCGACUACCACCCCGUCCCUCCCACACCUACAUACGGUGGCGGCGGUGGUGGAUACCACGGUCACCACUGACUCCGAUCUGCCACCAUCCGGCCCAGCACUGAAAUCUCAUCACCGAGUGCAUGAUCAGUGUCAGUGAGUGACCGACGUUACUAUUUAUCAUCAGUUGCAUGCAUGGCCGCGUGGGUAUUCUUUGGUGGUCUUCGGUUCGAUGCCCCGUUUUAGUAUCUGCACUGCAGAGUUGAGAGUGAGAGUUCAGAAUAACAUUUGUGAGGAACAUGUGUAUUUUUUUUUGAACCGGGCUUUUUACCCCUUUUCAUUGCAAAGAACGGAAAUACAACCAGUUCAAGCUA